AUGUCCCGACGUAAGUCUGACGUGAAUCCGACGUGGGUCCGACAGAAAUCCAACGUGGAUCUGAUGCCGUGCAUGGCCUUCAGGAUGUCCUGCAUGAGGCUGAUGACUGUUUGCCCCCCCCCCCACGCAGGGAAGACGUACAUCGCUGAGGUGUGCGAGUGCGGGUGCUGCGACCCGAGCUGCUGCUCCAUCUGCAAGUUCCACGAGUGCGCCGCGUACAACCGCACCGCCGAGGAGGCGAAGGCGGACAUGGAGCGCAUCGAGGCCUUCCAGGCUCACCAGGGUGGCCAGGCGCCCCGCCCGCCGGCGGCGCCGGCGGCGCCGACGGGCCAGCCGGCCGCGGGCGAGCAGGGGCGGGGCGCCGCGGGCGCGCAGGAGAGGCCGGGCCUGCUCCAGAUCGAGGCGCACACCCACCGGCUGCGCCUGAAGCCGCGGCUGGCGCCGCAGUAG